AUGGACGUGCAAUUGGGAAGAAAACCCAUGAACGUUCAACUUAAUUGGAUACCUGCUCGUUCUGAGUUGGAGAAUGAGAAUCUCCUCUCAGCAUCCGGAAUCACGGUUACUAAGGAGAAUCUGAAGGCUAAAAACCCGGACCUGAUGAAGAAAUUCAGCGUUAUGAGAUUCGCUCAUGAGGCCAACCAGAGGGCCGCGGAAAAGCCCUUGCCUCUUCCUCCCAAGGAUUCGGUGACGGCCGACAAGGGGCUGGAUGAGGUGCCCAGCGAAGGAGAUUCUUUGAGGCUUCUUGAGGAGAGGAAGAGGGUUCAUAUCCCCGAUGAAUCUAAGAGGUUGAUUCCUCCAAAAAAGAAGGAAGCGGAAGAGAAGAAGGAGAAGGAAGAGAAGAAAGAGAGGAAGAGGAAGAGAGAUUCUUCUUCCAACGAAGAGAGUGCCACGAAGAGAGCUUCCGUGGACACUAUCAAGACCGCUGUGCCUAUUCGGAUUAGGUCAGUUGAGGGGGAGAUAUCUACCCGUAAGGAUAGAUCGGUGCCUGUCUCCGGCAAGGGUAAGGAGAAGGUCGGAGAAUCGACUGCGGCCCCUGAGUCGCGCGUUGAGGAGGUGUAUCGUCGCCGGGAGGUCUUACCCUUCCUACACGACACCCUCUUCACUGAGCUGGGUCACAAGGGUAUGAUUACUCGCUUCAAUAGGGCGUCAUCUAAGUUAAUCAGCAAGAUGGAUGUCGACCAUCUUGAGUCCUUGCCCUCCAGCGAUAGGACUUUCUUGAGGUUAUCUUUUGAGCUGAAUUUGAGAAGUCAGAGUGCCGCGGAUAAGGAGACCUUGGCGGCCUUAGCCUCCCGUUGCGACGAGCAGAACGAGGAGCAGAGGAAGCUUAGGAAAGAUCUUGGUGAGCUCUCGGGCUUAAAGGAAAAACUUUCCAAGUGCGCUGAAUUGAAGGAGCGCUUGGUUAGAACUGAACAAUGGCGAGAGAGGGCCAAGAAGCAGCUGGAGUAG